CCGGCCGGCCGGCCUCGCUGGGUGCUCGGUCUCGCCUGCGCCAUGGACGACGCCGGGGAGCCGCGCCUGCCCAGGAAGAAGGGCACCAAGCGGCCCCCUCCCUCGGCGCCGCCGCCGCCGCCCGCCCAGGGCGGCGGCAGGGGGAGGGACAGGCUCGACUCCCUCUCGCGGGACUACCACGAUUUGCUCAAGGAAACUGAGGCGAAGAAGAGGAGGCUAGAGCGCAUAAACCAGCGAAAGCUUGGACUGCUCGCCGAAGUCAAAUUCUUGCGGAGGAAGUACAGUUCGUUUGCCAAUGAUGAUUCAGAGCAAACACAUCACAGGCUAAAGAAGAAGAAAGCUAAGCAAAUCCCAUCCCCUCUGGGGAUCAAUGAAGGGCCGUCCACUAGCAAGAACACAAAUGUGGACUUGAAUCAUGAUUCUGCAAUGAAUGCUGAGGGAGCCGGUUUCCAGGGGUACCAGGACCAUCCAGAACCUGGGAAGCAUGAUCAGGCUGGUGUAGAUGAAGAUAUGAUGACCUCCAAUAUCAAGUUAUCAGUUUAUAGGGAUACAGAAAAUUCCCCGGCCAGUGAUGAUAAGAGGGCAGCCGCAUGGCAAGACCGGGUAGCCUUGCAGGUCUAGUCCCGCCGUAGAAAUGGGUAUGGCAUGGCAUCCUUCUCUGGUGGUUGACUGCACCCCUGCCUGGUUUCGUCAAAUAUUGCCCGGUGCUCUGUAAAUGAACAAUUGAUAUAAGGAUACUCAUGCUUCAUGUUUACAGUUCAUGCUCUGUAGAGGCAUGGACUGAGAUAGUUUGACACACUUAGACAAGUUCGAUCCUAUUACAAUGUUACGAAACAUCCAGCCUGGAUUUCGAGUUACGGUUCUUUGCC